GCGGAAGUAGAUCUACCGCAUUGAUUGCGACUCCCCCCGCGGAGAAGAAGAUUGCUGUUGGUUCGGAGCCACUUGGAAGAUUCUAGAGACUUUCCAAAGAUUACGCGGGCUGCGGGAGUCCGGGUCACGUGACCGCCGACGUUUCCAAGCCUUGGCGGAGGUUUUCGAGAGAUUUGUGUGGUCAAGUUGACGCGGGAGGAGACGAAGGUGCGAGGAGGUUCCUGCGGACUGUCAUGCUGGCCAAAAGUGGACCGACAUGGACUCUGGAGCCUUCCUGGUUCUCUGCUGGUUCUGCUGGUCCACGCGUGGAUCUGCUCAGCUCAAGUUCUUCGGAUCGGUGGCAUCUUUGAGACCCGCGAGAGGGAGCUGGUUAGCAUGGACGAGCUAGCCUUCAAGUUUGCCGUCAACAACAUCAACCGCAACAAGACGCUGAUGCCCAACGUCACGCUGACCUACGACAUCCAGAGGAUCAACUUGUUCGACGGCUUCGAGGCGUCCCGACGAGUGUGUGACCAGCUGGCCCUGGGGGUGGUGGCCGUGUUCGGACCGUCGCACAGCUCGUCGGUGAGCGCGGUGCAGUCCAUCUGCAACGCCCUGGAGGUGCCGCACAUUCAGACCCGCUGGAAACAUCCGUCUGUGGACAACAGAGACACCUUCUUCAUCAACCUCUACCCCGAGUACUCCGCCAUCGCCAAGGCCAUCCUGGACGUGGUCACCUUCUUCAAGUGGAGGAAACUCACCCUGGUCUACCAGGACAGCACCGGUCUGAUGCGCAUGCAGGAGUUGAUCAAGGCGCCCGCCAAACUCAACCUGAAGAUCAAAAUCCGCCAGCUGACGCCCGGCAACCAGGACGCCCGCCCGCUGCUGAAGGAGCUGAAGAAGGACAAGGAGUUCUUCAUCCUCUUCGACUGCUCCUACCACAUGGCCUCGGAGCUCCUCAAACAGCUUUCCUCCAUGGGAAUGAUGACGGAGUACUACCACUUUUUCUUCACCACGCUGGAUUUGUUCGCCCUGGACUUGGAGCCGUACCGCUACAGCGGCGUCAACAUGACGGGCUUCCGGCUGCUCAACAUCGACGACCCCUGGGUGUCGUCCACCAUGGACAGGUGGGCCCUGGAGAGACUGCAGGGGCCCAAGCAGGGCAGCGGCCUGAUGGACGGCGUGAUAACGACGGACGCCGCCCUGAUGUACGACGCCGUGUUCAUGGUCUCCGUGGCGUCUCAGCGCGCCACCCAGAUGACGGUGGGCUCCCUGCAGUGUCACCGCCAUAAACCCUGGCGCUUUGGCCCGCGCUUCAUGAACCUCUUCAAGGAGGCCCAGUGGGACGGGCUGACGGGUCACAUCGUCCUCAACAAGUCCGACGGCCUGCGGCGAAACUUCGACCUGGACAUCAUCAGCCUGAAGGAGGACGGCACUUCCAGGGGCGUCACGGAGGCCGGGAGUCGCCUCACCAAGAGGUGGAUGAAGAUCGCGGCGUGGAACUCGUACAAGGGCAUGAACCUGGUGGAUAAACCCGCGCGGGAGAAGAACGCCAACGUGACCGACUCCCUCGCCAACAGAACACUCAUCGUCACCACCAUCCUGGAGAACCCGUACGUGAUGCAGAAGAAGUCGGACAAGGAUCUUUUGGGCAACGAGCGCUUCGAAGGCUACUGCCUGGACCUCCUGAAGGAACUCUCCAACAUCCUGGGCUUCACCUACGAAGUCCGCCUGGUGGCCGACGGCAAGUACGGCGCCCAGAACGACAAGGGGGUCUGGAACGGCAUGGUCCGCGAGCUCAUCGACCACGUGGCCGACCUGGCGGUGGCGCCGCUGACCAUCACCUACGUGCGCGAGAAGGUCAUCGACUUCUCCAAGCCCUUCAUGACGCUGGGCAUCAGCAUUCUCUACCGCAAACCCAACGGCACCAACCCGGGCGUCUUCUCCUUCCUCAACCCGCUGUCCCCCGACAUCUGGAUGUAUGUCCUGCUGGCCUGCACCGGGGUCAGCUGCGUGCUCUUUGUCAUCGCCAGGUUCACACCAUACGAGUGGUACAACCCUCACCCAUGCAACCCGUCCUCCACGUUGAUCCAGAACAACUUCACUCUGCUCAACAGCUUCUGGUUUGGUGUGGGUGCUCUCAUGCGGCAAGGCUCCGAGCUGAUGCCCAAGGCCCUCUCCACGCGCAUCGUGGGCGGCAUCUGGUGGUUCUUCACCCUCAUCAUCAUCUCCUCCUACACCGCCAACCUGGCCGCCUUCCUGACGGUGGAGAGGAUGGACGCGCCCAUCGACUCGGCCGACGACCUGGCCAAGCAGACCAGGAUCGAGUACGGCGCCGUGAGGGACGGAUCCACCAUGACCUUCUUCAAGAAAUCCAAGAUCUCCACCUACGAGAAGAUGUGGGCCUUCAUGAGCAGCAGGAAGACCACGGCCCUGGUCAAGAACAACCGGGAGGGCAUCACCCGCGUGCUCACCACCGACUACGCCAUGCUGAUGGAGUCCACCAGCAUCGAGUACAUCAGCCAGAGGAACUGUAACCUCACGCAGAUCGGAGGACUCAUCGACUCCAAGGGCUACGGCGUGGGCACCCCCAUAGGUUCUCCGUACCGGGACAAGGUGACCAUCGCCAUCCUGCAGCUCCAGGAGGAAGGGAAGCUGCACAUGAUGAAGGAGAAGUGGUGGCGAGGCAACGGUUGCCCGGAGGAAGACAACAAGGAGGCCAACGCUUUGGGCGUGGAGAACAUCGGUGGGAUCUUCAUCGUGCUGGCCGCCGGCCUGGUCCUCUCCGUCUUCGUGGCCAUCGGCGAGUUCAUCUACAAAGCUCGCCGGAACGCCGACAUCGAGGAGGCCUUUUGUUUCUUCUACGGGGUGCAGUCCCGCCAGUUUCAGCGGCGCGGCUCCGGCUCCUCCUCGGGCACGUCCUUGUCCACUGACCUGGAGAGCGGCAGGCUGCUCGGCGAUGACACUGAGUAACCGUGGCAACUGUAGAUGAUAGCGUGCGUCUUUCCCGGCUCGGACGGAGGCCGCGGACGUCGUCCCCCGAGGUCCGAGGCGCAGUGCGUCUGUGGCCAAGGCGCGCAGGACUCCCGACACGUCGUGAGACGGGACUGAACCCAAACAAAACCGCCUUGUGUGCACUCUUAGAACGCUCGUGUGCCCAUCUUCCGUUCUUGUCUCCCAUUUGUGUGAUGGUCUUUACUUUGUUUAGUUUCACUUUCAAAGUCUGUUGAUUGUGGAAACCUCAUUGACCUUGACAGUAAAACAGUUUGAAAAACA